AAAAAAGUCUAAACAGUUGAUGAGGUCAUGGUUCAUGAAAACGCGGCCAUUUUUAAAAGGCUGCAUGCGGUGCUUCGAGGUUUGCGCCACCCAUUCCUACCGGGGUGACCAUCCAAUUCCUCGGCAGCCUGGUGGUGGAGUUCAAAUGGCAGGCCACUGCAGGAGACUUUGAUAACUAUGAGGCCGUUUACUAUGAUGCGAAUGGGGUCGAAGUGGGAAGCGAUCUCAUCCCUAAGACCGAGACGUCCUUCAGGUAUUUGGUCGCUGAUGGCGUGGCGGCGUACUCAUUUCACACAGUGAAAGGCACCACUAGGAGUACGAGCUCGGCCCUGACGGCAUUACCCGCAGUUAAUUACAACAUUCAGUUGCCCCAUGCCGUACUUGCUGUACCCACGCACGAAUCUAUUACCAUCAGCUGGGCCGACGCACCCAAUCCUGCUGACAAUGUUGGGCAGUAUCUGAUCAGCCUGCAGCAGCCUGCAGGUACAACCAUUGCUCAAGCCACGGUUGACGCAGUGGCUGGUGCGACACACACCUUCCCGGGGCUGAACGUGGCCGAGGAGUACACGGUGAGAGUGGAUGCGGUUCUACAAGAUGGCCUGCCGGUGGAAGUUAACAUUGCUGAAAAUACUUACACUGUGCCGUACCCGCCAUCUAAUGGCAUCCUGCACAGGACGAGCAGCACCACAGGAACCCUGACCUGGGACGCAGCCCAAGCCCCUGUGGGCUACUAUGAGAUAAUCAUCACACCUCAAGGGGGUCAGCCCAGGGUCUACACCUACGCGCCGGGAACCACAGGGGUCAUGUUGGACAACCUGGAGAAUGGGGUGACUUAUAGUUACACUCUGAAGAAUGUUGUGAACACGGGAAACAUUGAUAUUAAGAGCGACUCCGCCGUUAUCACUCCAGUGUUACCAGCUGCAACUGGACUAAAUCCGCAACUCGAGGCGAUCACGGACCAUGGCAUGCAUCUAACUUGGACUCCCAGCACAACACAGGGACUACAGAGCUACCGAAUAACCGUCUUGGACAACGCCGGCAACGCGGUAGUCGUCAAUGACAUCCCGCCCACAGAGAGCUCUUUCACUCUGGUGGGUCUUGCCGAAGGAAUGAGCUACGAAUUGGUCCUGGAUGAAAUCGUCAAUGGGGAGAGCAAGUUUGCUGGCGUGGCGACUGGUAUCACAAAAACACCCCCGAAUGUGCAGUUAAACAGUGCCACCGCGCACACCAUGACGGUCUCAUGGAACACUGCCCUUACUGGCACUGCGGAGAGAUACCUAGUCAACGUUAUCAGCCAGGACGGAUCGUACACCAACCUGAUCCCCGUAGACAUUGCCAGCGCCGCGGCACCGUAUACGAUAACUGGGUUGCCAGCCGGGCUCACGUAUGAAGUUGGGGUAGAUGCAGUUGUUGGGGGAGCGCGGGUUGUAGUGGGCGCCUUGGCUGACCCAGCAAGCACAAGUACUUCCAUCGCUACCCAGGCAGUGACGACCGACCUGAUCCAAACAGCCUGGGAACAGAUUGACGGUGCCACCUACACCUUACUACUGACCAACCUAGGGGACGGUAGCACCCAGGAAGUCACCAUUGCUGACUCCCAGACUGUCAACCAUGCCUUCAUGGGACUGACCCCUGGCCAGCAUUACACCAUCGGUCUGACAGCUCACCUCAAUGGCGUGGACAUCCCUGGUGGCAUGGUGGCCGAAACAACAAUUCCGUUACCGCCAACCAAUAUCCAAGUGGCUACCACGGCCACUGACACUGUCUUGACCUGGAGCCCGCCUCCAAACACUCCUACCAACAUCUACGAGGGAUACCGUGUCUCCUACGUCGGAGCAGACGGGCAGGUUGUGAGCCAAGACCUGACGUUAGGCCAGACAACGUUCACUGCGCCAGUGGUUGACAACGGCCAGAAUAUCUUUGUGUACUCCACCAGUGGUACCCAGGUCAGCCAGCCUGGCUACCCAGUGUCGAAUUAUAAUGUGAACCUUAGUGGAGCCACGUCCAGUUCGCUGCAGCUCAACUACGACCGCUACGAGGGUGCAGGCUACCACAUUCUCCUGGUCCGUAAUGAUGGAACCAUCCAUGAAGAAAUCGUCGUUAACGACCCAGCAAUGCUGUCCCACACUUUCACCGGUCUCCAGCCUAGCACUGAGUACAGCACGGUGGUGACAGGCAUCAACACUGGUGGCGCGGGUACCUUCCUGCUGGGCACUGACACUGCCACAACUACUCCUGCUGUGGCGUUUGAUUACCAAUUGAGCACCACUCCUGUCACCACAACGACGAUGGACGUUGCCUGGCAACACAACGCCCUUGCCGGCUUUGAAAACUACAUUUUGACAUUGACAAAUGCAGGAGAUAGCAAUGAGAAGCAUACGUUCACUGUACCAGCAGGAGCCAACCCAGGCCAGGUUGUACCAGGCUUGACACCAGGAACCGACUAUUCCGUGGAAGUCUCUGGAGUCAUUGGGGGAAUCCCAUCAGUUGUUGCCAGCGCCCAACAGUCCACAGUUCCCGAACCGCCCAGCCUGACGCUCAUGGAGCAGAACCCAGACAAGACAGUCACCCUGAACUGGUUCCCGCCCACAAAUGGGGCUGCAGAAAACUACAUAAUCCGCUACGGGCCAUACGGCAGCACCAAUCUACAGGAGCAAAUACUGGGCUUCGGGGAGCAAACCUUCACGUUGCCGGCAUUCAACGAGAACCAGCAACACACUGUACAAAUCUUUUCCUCCAUCGGACCCAACCAGGAGCUGAUCAGUGCCCCAGGGGACAUCACGCCCUCGGGCGGAUUCACAACGAUCAUCAACCCUGUCUGUGAUGCAAACACAUGUUUGAACGGCGGCGUGUGUUCGAUAGAUCCAGCUAUUGGCUUCGUCUGUGCAUGCACCCCGGAGUACACUGGACUGAACUGUGAAACCCUACGAGAUGGGAACGAUUGUCAACCAAAACCAUGUACAAAUGGCCUUUGUGAAGAUGGAGUGAACACAUUCACAUGUGACUGUACUGGGACAGACUUCACGGGCACCUUGUGUGAAAAUCAGAUAAACAACUGUGCCCCCAACUCAUGUGUGAAUGGCCAGUGUGUGGACGGUGUUCUCACAUUCACCUGUAACUGUGCUGGGACAGACUUCACAGGGACCCUGUGUGAAAACCGAGUAAACGAUUGCCCAGCAACCAACCCAUGUCUGAAUGGUGGUACAUGUCAGGAUGGUACCACCCCUGGAGCAUAUUCUUGCCUGUGCCCAACUGGUUUCACUGGAAUGCUUUGUGAUAACAAUCCAAAUAACUGCAUCGGCACUACAUGUUUGAAUGGCGGUCUGUGUGUAGAUGGGGUCAAUGUGUUCACAUGUGACUGCUCACUGGUGGACUAUGAGGGAGAUGUCUGUCAAAAUCAGAUCAACAAUUGUCAACCCAAUCCUUGUCUCAAUGGUCAGUGUAUGGAUGGUGUACGCACUUUCACAUGUAACUGUGCAGGCACAGACUUCACCGGGACCUUGUGUGAAAACCAGAUAAACAACUGCAAUCCUGACCCAUGUGUGAAUGGCCAGUGUGUGGACGGUGUUCUCACAUUCACCUGUAACUGUGCUGGGACAGACUUCACAGGGACCCUGUGUGAAAACCGAGUAAACGAUUGCCCGGCAACCAACCCAUGUCUGAAUGGUGGUACAUGUCAGGAUGGUACCACCCCUGGAGCAUAUUCUUGCCUGUGCCCAACUGGUUUCACUGGAAUGCUUUGCGAUAACAAUCCAAAUAACUGCAUCGGCACUACAUGUUUGAAUGGCGGUCUGUGUGUAGAUGGGGUCAAUGUGUUCACAUGUGACUGCUCACUGGUGGACUAUGAGGGAGAUGUCUGCCAAAAUCAGAUCAACAAUUGUCAACCCAAUCCUUGUCUCAAUGGUCAGUGUGUGGAUGGUGUACGCACUUUCACAUGUAACUGUGCAGGCACAGACUUCACCGGGACCUUGUGUGAAAACCAGAUAAACAACUGCAAUCCUGACCCAUGUGUGAAUGGUCAGUGUGUGGACGGUGUUCUCACAUUCACCUGUAACUGUGCUGGGACAGACUUCACAGGGACCCUGUGUGAAAACCGAGUAAACGAUUGCCCAGCAACCAACCCAUGUCUGAAUGGUGGUACAUGUCAGGAUGGUACCACCCCUGGAGCAUAUUCUUGCCUGUGCCCAACUGGUUUCACUGGAAUGCUUUGCAAUAACAAUCCUGACGAUUGCAUCGGUAACCCGUGUCUGAAUAGUGGUCGAUGCAUAGACGGGGUGAACCAGUUUACCUGCGAUUGUUCGAUGGUGGACUAUGAGGGACAGAACUGUGAAACCCAGAUCAAUGAUUGUCAACCCAAUCAAUGUCGCAAUGGUCAGUGUGUGGAUGGUGUACGCACAUUCACAUGUAACUGUGCAGGCACAGACUUCACCGGGACCUUGUGUGAAAACCAGGUGAACAACUGUCUUCCCAACCCGUGUGUCAAUGGCCAGUGUGUGGACGGUGUUCUCACUUCCACAUGUGAUUGUCGCAAUACCGACUUCAGUGGACUUAGGUGUGAAAUCCCCAUUAACGAUUGUGCCUCCAAUCCUUGCGUCAACGGUGUGUGCCGAGAUGGAUUCCUUUCAUACACUUGCGACUGCACUGGUACGGAUUUCACGGGCACAAACUGCGAAACACAGAUUAACGACUGCCCGGUGCCGGACCCAUGUGAGAACGGCGGAACUUGUCUGGACGGAAGAACACCCGCCUACUCCUGUCAGUGCCUGCCAGGUUUCAGCGGAUUCCUCUGCAAUAAUGAUCCGAACCAGUGUGAUUCCAACCCCUGUGUCAACGGCAUAUGUUUUGAUGGCUCCAACAUGUACACCUGUAUCUGUGAUGGCACAGACUUCACAGGCACCAACUGUGAAAUACAAAUUGACAACUGUAGCCCCAACCCAUGUCAGAAUGGCGGGAGAUGUAUAGACGGUGUCCUGAGCUCCUCGUGUAGCUGUAUGGCAGGGUACCAGGGACUGCUCUGUGAGACGGAUGUGAAUGAGUGCAUCUCCAAUCCAUGUGAGAAUGGAGGUGCAUGUCAGGACCUGGUCAAUGCCUACUUGUGCAGCUGUCUGUCAGGAUUCCUUGGGCCAACGUGCUCUGUCAAUCCUGAUGAUUGUGCGGCCAACCCAUCUGUGAUCAAGUGUCUGAAUGGAGGCACCUGCCAGGAUGCAGUCAAUGGAUUCACCUGCCUCUGCCCAGCCUUCUUCUCUGGUGAUCGCUGUGAAAACAAUGACAAUGAAUGCGCUUCCAACCCUUGUGUGUUUGGUUUCUGUGUCGAUGGCGACAACCGAUUUGAUUGUAAUUGUUUCCCUGGAUACCAAGGAACCUUUUGUGAAACAAACACGAAUGAGUGUGUGAGCACUCCAUGCCAGCACAAUGGCCAGUGCAUUGACAUGGUCAACUUCUACCGCUGUGAAUGCACCGCAAAUUUCCAGGGAGUUCACUGCGAAACACCAAUGUCGGCGGACGUGGUGAUAACAGACAUGGCACCGAACCGGGUCCAAGGCAGCUUCACGGACAUCAUGGCCAACGACCCCCAGUCCACGUAUCGUGUCAAGGUCACCGACCCCCAGGGUCAGACGGUGCGGGAAGUGGAUUACACCGCGGCCGACGUGGUCAACGGCAUGGUCAAUUUCGACAUUGACGGCCUGUCACCGGGAACAGACUACACCCUGGACCUGUCGGUGACCGACGGCAAUGGCCAGACAUUUAUUCUGGACUCGCUGAACACGCGGACAACAACCAUUUGCAACACAAACAUCUGCUUGAAUGGAGGCACCUGCCGUGAGGUAGCCUCAGCGCUAGGCUACGAGUGCGACUGCCCAGUUGGCUUUGAAGGCACUAGGUGUGAAUCCGAUAUCGAUGAAUGCCGGAGUUCGCCAUGUCAGAACAGUGGCAACUGCCAGAAUCUGCAGGGUCAGUUUCGUUGCAACUGCGUGGGACCUUGGACCGGCCCUUUCUGCAAUGUCCCCCUAGCUGUCAACUUCAACGCGGGCGAUUCCACCACUGAGUCUGUGCAGGUCAUCUGGGACCAACCCACGGGCACCCAAGUACCCAACUACGUGGUCACCCUGGAGAACUUUGGGGGCGGGGUCCUGACCACGGCGACCGUGCCAUCCACGGACGUCGUCAAUGGCCUACUGGACUUCACGUUCCAUGCGCCUCAGCCGGGCACCAACUACGUGUCCAGACUCUAUGCACUGUUGGAUGACGGCACUCGCUGGCCAUUGGCGACCCUGACUACCAGUUCUGGUGCAAUAUGUACGACUGGUCCCUGUGAGAAUGGAGGAACCUGCAUUGAUGCCGCUGGUACCCCGCUAGGCUAUCGCUGCUUCUGUGUUGCCGGCUAUGAAGGCGACAACUGUCAAAUUGAAAUCAAUGAGUGCUUGAGCAACCCAUGUAAGAACAACGCACAAUGUGUGAACGCUGUGAAUGCAUUCUCCUGUGUCUGCACUAUUGGUUGGAUGGGAGUCUUGUGUAACAUCCCCACUUCCAACCUGUUCAUGCUUGGCGAGGUCACCACAAACACAGUGGAGGUCAACUGGCCCAGCAUCGAGGUGGACGGCACCGACUUCAUCUAUGAGGUAGAGGUGACGGACCCCAACGGCGUCUCAGGCACCAUUCAAAUCCCACAGGUACCCAACGCAGGCCCAAACUAUGUCUACAACCAACUGAUUACCGGCCUGCAGCCCUCCACUCAGUACCAGAUCCGACUGAUAGUCAGAGCUGAUGGGACUCCAUAUGUUGUGGGCACCCAAGUGCCUACCACCAAAAGUGUGUGCACGGAUCGUCAGCCCUGCCAGAAUCAAGGAUUCUGCAUCCCGGACACCAGUGCCACGGAAGGUUAUACCUGUCUGUGCCCUGACGGCUGGGCUGGUCUCAACUGUCACGAAGAUUUUCUGGAAUGCGCUAGUGGUCCCUGCAGGAAUGGUGGUCAGUGCAUGGAGCAGGUCCUGGGCUAUAACUGUGUGUGUACUCCACAGUACCAGGGACUGCACUGCCAAGUGGCUGUUACCAACACCCUGACAGUGACCGGCGUGACCCCCACCACAGCACAGCUGACCUUCCCUCCACUCAACGAUGCUACGGCGCAACUCUACUUCCUUACAGUCCGUGAGGAUGCCACUGGACAGGAGCUCACCGUCACUCUAUCCCCGGACCAGGCCCAAAAUGGCUUCAUCGUUCAAGACUUCGUCAGCCUGACGCCCACCACCAAGUACACAGCCUACCUGUCGGUGCUCAUGAAUGGGGAACCAGCUAAUCUCAACCUUGGUCAACGUGACGUCACCACCUUAAACAUUUGUGACUUCAUCACAUGCCAGAACGGUGGCACCUGCGUUCCAGACAACACUCUGGCGCUGUUCUACCGCUGUGACUGUCUGCCUGGCUUCAGUGGCCAGUUCUGCGGGGGAGAUGUUAAUAACUGUGCGGACCAGCCCUGUCUGAAUGGUGGUAUGUGUGUGGACAGGCAGGGAGGGUUUACCUGUAACUGUGCAGACGGCUACACUGGCCUGACCUGUAACAUACAGAUUGAUGAAUGUUCUCCCAACCCCUGCCUGAACAGUGGUCAGUGUGUGGAUAGAGUCAAUGGGUUUGACUGCGUCUGUGCUGCUGGCUACACCGGCAUCCUCUGCCAAACAAACAUAAAUGAAUGUGCCAGCAACCCCUGCCAGAACAGUGGCCUCUGUCAGGACGAUGUCAAUGCAUACAUCUGCAACUGCUCGCCGGGAUACCAGGGUACCAACUGCCAAGAGAAUAUCAAUGAGUGUCUGAGCAACCCUUGUGUAAACGGCGGGGCCUGCCGUGAUCAGGUCAAUCGCUACACCUGUGACUGCCCCACUGGCUUCUUUGGAGUACACUGUGAAUCAGAUUUUGACGACUGCGCUGCUUCCCCUUGUUUGAAUGGGGGACAGUGCACUGACCUGCCUAACUCAUUCCAGUGUGCAUGUCUUCCCGGCUACAGCGGCGUCAGAUGUGAAAAUGCCCCCAACCCCUGCGUUUCCACACCGUGUCAGAACCAGGGAGCAUGCUUGCCUCAGAAUGUAGGCUAUGUCUGUAUAUGCCAGGCCAGAUGGCGGGGAACCAACUGCGAAGAAGCUGUCAGUCCCUGCGAGAACCGACCGUGUCUGAAUGGAGGUAACUGUGUGGACUUGGUGGGGGGACUGUACAGAUGUGACUGCUUGCCAGGAUACCAGGGAGAGAUAUGUGACGUCAAUAUCAAUGAGUGCGUGUCCAACCCAUGCCAGAAUAACGGCAUCUGCAUGGAUCGAGUCAACCGCUACGAGUGCGUCUGCCUUAACAACUUUGCCGGGAGCAAUUGUGAAACAAACACGAGCCCUUGCAACAGCAACCCUUGUGUCAACGGCUUCUGCCUGGCCAACAAUGGUCUGUACUUUUGUUUCUGUACCAAUGGCUGGACGGGGCAGAACUGCGACACGCCGGAGGAUAGCCAGGAAUGCGCAAGCGCACCCUGCUUCAACGGCGGCACCUGCCUGGAGCAGUUCAACCGUUACACCUGUAUGUGCAGCUCAGGGUACACGGGGCUGAACUGUGAGGCCGACGUGAAUGAGUGUACGGCCACGCCGUUUCUGUGUCAGAAUGGGGGAAGAUGCGUCAAUUCCAUUGGGUCAUAUCGGUGCAUUUGUGAUGUCGGUUUUGAAGGCACUCACUGUGAAACACGCAUCAACCGUUGCACAGUUGGUUACUGCCUGAACGGAGGCACGUGUCGGGAAGGCUUUGUAGCCCUGACUUGCGACUGUGUCCCAGGCUUCCAGGGUAGCCGCUGCGAGCAGCAGGUUAACUUCUGUCUGGGCAUAGUGUGUCAAAACGGCGGGGUCUGCAUCCAGGGAGCUACUAGCUUCACCUGUCAGUGCCUGACGGGCUUCGGCGGCCUAAACUGCGAGAUCAAUAUAGACGACUGCACGCCCAACCCGUGUCUGAACGGCGGUCGUUGCCAAGAUGGCAUCAACUCGGCCAUUUGCAUCUGCCCGGCGGGCUUCACAGGCAACACCUGCGCCUCAAACAUUGAUGACUGCCGGACCCCCAACUUGUGUCUGAACGGCGCCACUUGCAUGGAUGGAGUCAACACCUACACUUGCCGCUGCCUGGCAGGAUUCACUGGUGACCGUUGUGAGGUGGAUAUCGCGGAAUGCAACAGCAACCCUUGUCUGAACGGCGGUGUCUGCAUCGAGCAGGUCAAUGGGUACUUCUGCCAGUGUCAGGCUGGUUUCACCGGGGACCGCUGUAUGACUGUCGUCAACAUUGAUGAAUGCAUUAGCAACCCCUGUCUGAACGGUGGCCAGUGCAUAGAUGGUCAGAGCUUUUACACCUGCCAGUGUAACCUUGGAUACCAAGGUCUCCGUUGUGAGACUAACAUUGACGAGUGUAGCAGCAACCCCUGUGCUAACGGGGGACAGUGUGUCGAUGACGUCAAUCGGUUCAUCUGUCUAUGCCAGGGAGGCUUCACUGGUCCCCUGUGCACCAUCAACCCAUGCACUAAUCACCGUUGUCAGAAUGGUGCCCAAUGUACUUCCUCAACGUCUGUUAUCUUAGGCUACAUCUGCCUUUGCCCAUCCACACACACAGGACAGUUCUGUGAGACACUUAUUGAUGGAGAUGAUUGUGCUCCAGUUAAUCCCUGCUCUAAUUCCGGGACUUGCAUCGAUGGAGUGAAUACCUACAGUUGCUCCUGUCUGCCUGGCUUCGCUGGCACACUGUGCCAGAUUAACAUCAAUGAUUGUGUCAGCCGCCCCUGCCUGAACGGUGGAUCUUGCGUGGAUGGAAUCAACCGUUACCAGUGUAACUGCCUAGCACAGUACAUGGGAAACCAGUGCGAGAUACGAAUCUAUACCCCCUGUCAGCCCAACCCGUGUCAAAAUUCUGGUACUUGUAAUGUCAUCAGUGCCAUUCAAAAUCUCUUUGCGUGUACCUGUCAGCAAGGCUACACUGGGACCACAUGCCAGACACCCCCACAGACACGCUGCGUGCCCAAUCCAUGUCUGAAUGGAGGAACAUGCAUGCCCAUUGGUUUCACCUCAUACUCCUGCGCCUGCCGCUCUGAAUACACCGGCCAGAACUGUGAAACUGUGAUCAUAAAUGAUCCCUGCAACUCCAACCCCUGCCAGAAUGGAGGAAGAUGCACACGGGGCAGCAGUGGGGCGGUAGUGUUUUAUUUCUGCACGUGCUUCAAUGGUUACACAGGAUUAAACUGCCAAACUAGACCGAGUCCAUGCGCAUCCAACCCUUGCCAGAAUGGCGGUGGCUGCUCUCUGCUGCCAAACAACAACUUUGCCUACUUCUGUAACUGCAUCAAUAACUACUUUGGGAUAAACUGCGAAAAUGCUAACCCAUGUGCAUCCAACCCAUGUGUUAAUGGAGGCACAUGCUCCAAUCGGAAUCAGGGAGCCAUCAUCAUCUAUGUGUGCAUGUGUCUGACGGGCUACUCAGGGGACCAGUGUCAAGUUGCACCGCCAAAUCCUUGCAACAAUCUACCGUGUAUGAAUGGAGGCCAGUGCUCAGUGUCCCCCACAAACCCUAGUGGAAUCAUAUGUACUUGCCAGCCCAACUAUUAUGGAGACAGAUGCCAGUUCUUAACCAAUCCCUGUACAUCCAAUCCAUGUAUGAAUGGUGGCAGCUGUGUGUCUCGCUUAGAUGGGGUCAGCUUCAUCUACCUAUGUCAGUGCCCUGCAGGCUACACUGGGGCACGAUGUAGCAUUCCACCAUCUGAUCCCUGCAUAACACAGCCCUGCCGUAAUGGCGGCAUUUGCACCAGAGUCAACAACUUUCAGUACACUUGCCAAUGUACCUCAGACUUCACUGGUGACAACUGCCAAACGCCUGCUACUACACCUUGCACUGUAAGGCCGUGCCUCAAUGGAGGGACUUGCUACGUCGUUGGCUCCAAUUUCAACUGUGUCUGUUUGGCAGGCUACUCGGGAACAACUUGCCAGUUUGUCAAUGCGUGUUCUCCCAAUAACCCAUGUCAGAAUGGUGGCAGGUGCUAUCAAAGUUCAGUAGGUAGCAGCCGCUACACGUGUGAGUGCCAAUUUGGAUACACGGGAACCAACUGCGAAACAGUUGUUCCCACAGCGUGUUCCACCAAUCCCUGCUUGAACAACGGUGUUUGUGUAGUUACUGGCCAGACCACGUACUCCUGUAACUGUAUCAGUGGCUACAGUGGCACUGUAUGCCAAACCAUAGUUGCCUGCACGCCCAAUCCUUGCUUAAACGGUGGAAGCUGUGGCAUCAAUCAGGCCAACAGACUGGUUCCGGUAUGCACCUGUGCCCAAGGAUACAAUGGAGAUCGGUGCCAGACCUCGAUGACCACACCGUGUAGCAACAACCCGUGCCGUAAUGGUGCUACCUGCGAAGUCAUGGGAACCUUCAGCUACCGAUGUCGAUGUCUGGCUGGCUACACUGGGCCUACCUGUGAAACCAUCAUGGCCUGCAACCCCAGCCCCUGCCAGAAUGGAGGAACCUGUAUGAUUAGCUUCAGCAACCCGGUUGAGUAUUUCUGUGUCUGCCAGGCAGGCGUCAGCGGAAACAAUUGCCAGUUUGUUUCCCAGACUCCAUGCAGCAGUAGUCCAUGCCAGAACGGUGGAAAUUGUGUUAAUCUAGACACAGUCCUCUUUGGUUGCAUCUGUCUGCAGGGAUACACUGGCACUAGAUGCGAAACCAUCGUUGCCUGUGCCUCCGCCCCAUGCCAAAACGGUGGCCUUUGUACGGUUAACAACGGCAACCCCACACAAAUGGUCUGUACAUGCCCACCAACACACACUGGCAACUUCUGUGAAAUAGUAAUUCCUGUGGUGAAUGUGUGCACCAUCAACCCGUGUCAGAAUGGUGGAGUCUGCAUACUUGAUUCUACACAGGCCAGUGGAUACAGAUGUCGCUGUACUAACGGCUUCACUGGAACCAACUGCGAUAACUUUGUGACUCUGUGUGCAUCGCCGUGCACCAAUGGUGGUAGCUGUAUCUAUGAUGAUUUCCAUGCUGUCUACACAUGUAGCUGCUUGACUGGCUUCUCAGGCCACCAAUGCCAAAUAUCUGCACCCUGUGGUGAGAACAUCACCCUGACAGAGGGUGAGCAGCGGCGCAUCACCAGCCCCAACUACCCCAACAACUACCAAGACAACCUGGUCUGCAUCUUCAACUUCCUGGCGUCCGGAACCAACCGACGGUUGAGCUUUGUAAUGGAGGAACUGGCCACCGAGUGCGAUCGAGAUCUGGUCCAAGUGGGUCAGGGCACGGACCCGACUGACCCAACCUCCGUCAUUAUGAGGGACUCUGGCACCAGCCUGAUGGCACCGUUCCAUGUGGACUCUCAGGACGCGUGGCUGAUGUUCACGUCGGACUUUUGGCAGACGGAGAAAGGUUUUUCCGUCGUGGUGCAAGACGUGCCGUUGGACUCGAUGGGCAAUAUGGGGGAUUGUCAGGAUAGCUUGUGCUUCAAUGGCGGAAUGUGUGUGGUCCGGCCUGGAAACCCUAACACACUGAUGUGUGUCUGCCAGGCUGGCUAUGGAGGGGAUAACUGUCAAACAAAUGUGGAUGAAUGCCAAAGCAACCCUUGCCAGUCCGGUGGGGAGUGUCGCGACGUCAUCAAUGGCUAUAUCUGUCUGUGCCCUGCAGGACGCGGUGGCCCCAACUGUGAAAUAACUACAGCCAACCCUUGCCAGGAUGAGCCUUGUCAGAAUGGAGCUAUGUGCUUUGAGCUUGCAGAUGGAUCAUAUGUUUGUGACUGCGUGGCGGGAUUCACUGGGCGGAAUUGUGAAACCACAAUAGCGGUCGGCAACCCAUGCUCCAGUUCCCCCUGCUUAAACGGAGGUUUCUGCCACAAUCUGGCUGAUCAGACACUCCUUUGUCUCUGCCCGAAGAACUACCAAGGAGUCUACUGUGAAAUCGUGUUAACGCUGUGCCAAAGCUCGCCAUGUUUCAACGGCGCCACCUGCGAUGACUCCAGUGGGAAUGUAGUCUGCCAAUGUCUUGAAGGUUACGUCGGAACCUUUUGUGAGACAGCAACCAGAGACUGUAUUUGCCAGAACGGAGGCAUUUGCUUCGGAGCCAACAACUGUAUUUGCCGACCGGGCUUUGGUGGCCAGUUCUGUGAUAUUAAUAUCAAUGAAUGUGCCAGCAACCCGUGUCAGAAUGACGCUGUAUGCCUCGAUGCAGAUGGUGCUUUUUUCUGUGUUUGUCCGACGGGUUUCUCCGGACUCACCUGCGACACCAGGGACCCGAAUAAUGCAGGACAGACUGGCAAUGAAAACGCUGGUGGUACAGAUGGAGGCACUAACAACUCAUUGGGCGUAGGUUGGAUCAUCCUGAUUGCUAUCCUGGGAUUACUGCUACUCCUACUGCUGCUGUUUGUGGUUGUCAGGUCCUGGAAGAAGUAUGAUGAUAGAUACUCUGAGGACAAGUCUCGCAUCCUGAGUGACUACGAGGACAACCUGCGAUACCAAGACAACCAGAGAAUGGAGAUGGGUAACAUUCUCCUGCCCGCUGCAGGAACAACCAGCGUUGCCCAUCUGAACACGAGAGAAGAACCUUGGCCGGUUAGCACUGACGAGAUGCCUACAAGUAACAUUUAGUCCACAGAAAAGUACUUAGACUUUUAAUAUAACUUCACAAUUUCCCUACAAUGGUUUGUAUAAAAUAAUAACCUUCUUUUUUUGUAAAGUGAAUUGAAAUAAUUAAGUCUUCCCAUAUUUAAUUGUGCACAUUAACACAUUAAAGUUUUUAAAAAUAUUGGAAACUAGAUAUAUACGUUUGGGUGGUAUAAUAACGUGGACAUUUUAUGCACAUUUGCUAUAAUAUCUAAAAAUAAGUGUACUUAUAUGAGGUUUUCAAUUUUCAAGUAUGGACAUUCUUUUAUUUCUAUGACUUUAUAUUCACUGAAAAUUUUUGUAAAACAGUAUGACCAAAGUAGUUCUCAGUUAUGACAAUAACUUAAAAGUUCUUGAAAGAGAUUUGGUUUUUGUGUAAUAUUUGUCUAAUAUUUCAGGUUUUUCCAGUGUUUGUAGCACUGAUUUUACAAUAUAUUGAAAAGAAAACUGAAUUAUGUAGUCGCAUUUAUGGGGCCAAAAUUGAUACAGUUUUUGUAUGUAUCAAUAU